AUGUACUCCGCCUCCGGUCCCGGGUCUAUCAAUGGCCUGGGGAACAUCGACGGCACCAUCAACCCCGCCGCGCUCAAUACUCCAGCUGCCGUUCAUAGCUCGCCGUUGACCUCCACGCCCUGCUGCACGGCCGUGAGCGACGGGUCUAUCCCCGCCGCCGCCGCUGCCACGUCUCCCGGAAGCUUGCACAUUCCCAGCCCCUCGCUCGCCCGAGGCGUAAAACGCGGUCGGUCCGUGGACCAGUAUGACGAGCAGCAUGACGGUGUCGAGGAUGAUGAGCAAGUUCGCCGCAAACGAGGAAGGCCGCCAAAACACCCGCGCCCAUCAGGAACCACGCCCACCUCGAGCCCUCUGGCUUCGCAAAAACAGAUCAGGACACCACUCCCUCAGCCCCAAACUCCCCAAAUGUCUCAGCGACCACCGCCCAUCCCAAACACACCGACUUCCCAGUCCUCGCCACCUUCCCGCACCACCCCUACCAAACCGGUGAUAAAAGCACUGCCGACCGUACGAGACCACACAACCGAUCAGCUUAACAAGGAUGGCGAUGAAUACAUUGCCAAGGAGUUCGACCCCAGCGGCGAUAACAAAGUAGAUGACCUGGGUUAUCUUCAAGAUGGACGCACCUACAAGUGUCGAACUUUUCGUGUACAUAACAGAGGCCAACGACUCUUCAUGCUGGCUACAGAAUGUGCUCGCGUCCUAGGAUACCGCGACUCUUACCUGCUCUUCAACAAAAACCGGUCUUUGUAUAAGAUCAUCGCUAGUCAGGAGGAAAAGGACGAUUUAAUCAGCCAAGAUAUUCUUCCCUACUCCUACCGAUCACGCCAGAUCGCCAUUGUCACUGCAAAGUCCAUGUUUCGGCAGUUUGGCAGCAGAGUCAUUGUCAACGGUCGGCGAGUACGAGACGACUAUUGGGAGGGCAAGGCUAGGAAGCAAGGGUUCACGGAAGAGGACCUAGCGGGGGAAAAGCGGCCUGGAGGAGCCAAGGCUAGAGAAGCUGCUGAAGCAGCGAAUUCCACCGGGUCGCUUCCCGCGCUCGGCCAUGGCGACGUGAUCUACAGCAAUGCAGCGCCCCCGGACGGCUUGAUACACACCCCUGGAUUGCCGCCUGGUCUGGCCACCAGCCUAGCGCCCUUGCCAAUGAUAAAUCCUGCACCCGUGGAUGACCCGCGGAUGAGAGAAUAUAGCAGCAUGCCGCGACCUAGGCAAGAACUAUCCGGGCAGCCUUACAAUGAUCGCCUCUCAUCUAGCAACACACCCGAUUUGUUGAGUCAGGCCUCUCUGACCACCGAAUUUAGCAAGGCAUUGAAUCACCAGCGGGGCUUUCGUGGACGUGGUUUGGAGGAUAGUUGGUUCAAAUCGCGCGACCUGCCAGCUUCCGAUCAAGGACUGCCAUCGCUCUCCGAACAACUGGAGCCCAACCUUUCGCCAUCUCAAACAAUCCAAUCUCCUCAGUUAAAUUCCUCCGCCAUGCUGUCAGCAACACCAAUCGCCCGACAACCACCGCACUCCCUUACACCCCAUUCCUCCUUCCCCCAGCCUUCAAUGACACCUCCAAUGCGUGGAAUGCUGCAAGGCGUACGGCCGGACCACCUACAUCAUCGCACCUCUACUAACACAUUAGCAUCAACAAACACGAGCCAAGCCUCGCUGUAUUCAUACCCUCAGACACAGCAUAUGUGGAACCAAGUCCCAAAUCAACCCGUGGGGCCUGCCCAGUACAGUCAUCCACUGCAUCCACAUCAGUCACCUUCUCCGCACCUGGCGCCCCAUCAAUCCCCACGGCAUCUAGGCCACCCUGCUCCGUCUCCUCAAAUGCACCCGCAGCCGCAAAACCAAAAUCUAGUUGCUGUCGGUUAUCCCAACAGUACCGCAUCCGCCUACCCGCCAAUGGCCGCUCCAAGGGCAGCAUACUCCUCUCCAGGGGGUCCAAAUAUCUAUCAUACCCCGCAGAAUGCCCUGAAUAUGGGCAUGGUAACAAAUGCGACCCUGCCAGGGUGGCCUUCUUCGAGUGGUCCACUCCCGCCUUCCCAACAGUCACAGCCAGGAGCCUCACAUAGCGGUUGGCCUGGUGCGUUCUAG